AUGUUUACGUAUAGUGAACGCGAUCUCCACCGUAUUCCCCAAGCGGCUCGCACACAUUUUCCAGUCCCGCGGCUAGCCACACAGAGCCGAAUGCUUGAGGAUGAAAGUUUGGACCAAGGUGAAGUGGAUUCCACGCUUUUGCGGUUGCCAGCUCCGUCGCUUCGUGGCACUUUUGCAAGCGCCUAUGCAAUUCUUACCAAGAUUGUGAAUAAAGUGGGCUGGGAUGAUCUUCUUAAAUACCGAUCUGAAGUCUUCGUUAUGGAAGAGGAGUACCGUAAACAAGACCAACUUCCCCAUGAUGGUGCAUCGUCCAAGGAUGACGAAGAGCAAAGCAAACCAAUGAGGAAAACACCCGAAGAAGCGCAUUGGCUUUCCUUUACGGAUAAACGCCUGUGCGAACGCUGGCUUGAUAACCUCUUUAUGGUGUUGUAUGAAGACCUCCGUGUAUAUACUAUUUGGCGUGCUGAGCAAGCACAUUAUGAUAUCCAGGCCAUGCCGAUCAAGCGCUCUGCGACAGACUGGGAAUUGCUAGGUGAACUAGCUCUACGGCUUCACCACCCUGAGGAAGCGCAUGACGCAUUCCUACAGUGCAUUUUGCAGAACUUCCGACCCAAAGCAUAUCAACGUCUAUUGGAGUACUUUACUGAAAAAGGAAGUCUAGAGCAGGCUCUUUCUAUGGCGAUGCAUCUUACGGCGUACAACCAUCGCUGGUACAGCGACAGUGUUUAUCCUAGUGCUGUUGCCAAGCAGCUCUUCAAAAUCAUUAAGAUUGAAGGUCUUAGCAAGGUGUCUAAUAUAUUGGUCGCUAUGAAACCACCUCCUGCUAUGCUGCGUUUAAUGCAAUGGUACUUCACAUAUGCACAAGAAUUCCAUCUGCCUGGAACCAAGUUGUAG